AUGUUGGGCUUUCAGUCUCGCCGGAUCGCUGCCGUUGCAGCCUGCGCCUUGGGCCUAGGCUGGGUGGCAUCUGCCGCCGACGGCACCACCACGAAGCAACCCAUCGUCGUCGAUGGCACGUCCUUCACCCUCAACGGCGAUGGCGUCUCGUACCGCUUCCACGUCGACAACACCACCGGCGACCUCAUCUCUGAUCACUUCGGCGCGCCAAUCGACGACGACGACGACGCCAUCGAGGCCGAGGUCGGCCCAGUCCAGGGCUGGGUUGACCUCAUCGGCCGCGUGCGCCGCGAGCUGCCCGACCUGGGUCGCGGCGACUUUCGCUCGCCCGCCAUCCAGAUCCGCCAGUCCGCCGGCUACACCGUCAGCGAUUUCCGCUACAAAUCGCACGACGUUGUCACGGGCAAGCCACCCCUCAGGGGCCUUCCCGCGACGUUUGGCGCCGACCGCGACGUGUCGACCCUCGUGGUGCACCUCUACGACAACUACAGCUCCGUCGCCGCGGACCUGUCCUACUCCAUCUUCCCCAAGUACGAUGCUAUAGUCCGCAGCGUCAACAUCACCAACAUGGGCAAGGGCAACAUUACUGUUCAGAAGCUCGCCAGCUUGAGCGUCGAUCUGCCGUAUGGCGACUACGACAUGCUCGAGCUCAAGGGUGACUGGGCGCGCGAGGGUAGGCGCGUGCGACGCAGUGUGGGCUUUGGCACGCAAGGCUUUGGGAGCACAACGGGUUACUCAUCCCACCUUCAUAACCCCUUCCUCUCCAUCAUCACGCCCAGCGCGACCGAAUCGCACGGCGAGGCAUGGGGCUUCUCCCUAGUCUACACUGGCUCUUUUGCAGCCGAGGUUGAGAAGGGCUCGCAGGGCCUGACGCGCGCCAUGAUCGGCCUCAACCCGGCGCAACUGGCAUGGCCCCUAGGGCCGGGCCAGUCCUUCCAGUCACCCGAGGCAGUCGCCGUCUUCUCCGACACGGGCGUGGGCGGCAUGUCGCGCAAGCUGCACAGCCUGUACCGCAAGCACCUCAUGAAGAGCAAGUUUGCUACGCGCACUCGGCCCGUCUUGCUCAACAGCUGGGAGGGCCUCGGCUUUAACUACAACGCGAGCACCAUCUACAAGCUCGCCCAGCAGUCAGCCACUCUCGGCGCAAAGCUCUUCGUCCUCGACGACGGCUGGUUCGGCGUCAAGCACCCGCGCGUCAACGACCACGCCGGGCUGGGCGACUGGGAGGUGAAUCCGGAGCGGUUCCCCGACGGCCUCACGCCCCUCGUCGACAACAUUACCGCCCUCGCAGUAAACGGCAGCAGCGGUGAUGACUCGUCCAAGCUCGAGUUUGGCCUGUGGUUCGAGCCGGAAAUGGUCAACCCCAACUCAAGCCUCUACGAGGAGCAUCCUGACUGGGCUCUGCACGCGGGCAGCUACCCGCGGACCGAAACGCGGAACCAGCUCGUCCUCAACGUCGCCUUGCCCGAGGUGCAGCAGUUCAUCAUCGACUCCGUGUCCAACAUCCUCAACAGCUCGCGCAUCAGCUACGUCAAGUGGGACAACAACCGCGGCAUCCACGAGACCCCGAGCCCCAACACGGACCACGAGUACAUGCUCGGCGUCUACCACGUCUUCGACACGCUGACCAAGAAGUUCCCCAACGUGCUGUGGGAGGGCUGUGCGUCUGGCGGCGGGCGCUUCGACCCGGGCAUCCUGCAGUACUUCCCGCAGGUGUGGACGUCGGACGACACGGACGCCAUGGAGCGCGUGUACAUUCAGUUCGGCACGUCGCUCGCGUACCCGCCGUCGGCCAUGGGCGCGCACGUGUCCAUCGUCCCCAACGGCCAGACGGGGCGGCAGACGCCCAUAGAGUUUCGCGCGCACGUGGCCAUGAUGGGCGGGUCCUUUGGGCUCGAGCUCAACCCGGAAGACCUGGAGGACGAGGACAAGGCCAAGGUGCCCGGGCUGAUCGCGCUGGCGGAAAAGGUCAACCCCAUCGUGGUGCAGGGCGACAUCUGGCGGCUGCAGCUGCCCGAAGACUCCAACUGGCCGGCGGCGCUCUUUGUGUCCCCGGGCGGCAAGCAGGCGGCGCUCUUCUACUUCCAGCUGCGCGCCAACAUCAACAACUCGUGGCCGCCGGUGCGGCUGCAGGGCCUCGACCCCAAGGCCAAGUACAAGGUGGACGGCAACCAGACCAUCUCGGGUGCGACGCUGAUGAACAAGGGCAUCUCGUACCGGUUCGAGGGGGGCGACUUUGGCAGCAAGGUGGUACUGUUGGAGAGGCAGUGA